AUGGAUGGAGGAGAAUCGAAAUCGAAUGCUUUUAAAUCUUUUGGCACGGAACGGACUAUGACUUUAGAAGAACGUCGUCGAGCAGCUUCAUCAGUGUACCAUUAUAAUUUGGAACGAUAUCAACCAAAAAUCAUUAAAAAAGAGGUGGACGAUUCACGUCAGUGUUUAGGUCCUGAUUGUGUUAAUUCAGUGUCUCGGAAUUCAAAAUACUGUUCAAAAGAAUGCGGAUUAAAAUUGGCUCGGGCACGACUGCAAAGAUUUUUACCCAAACAAGUGCAGGAUUAUUGGUCAGAACUUCCAGCUGGUGCUGUGCGUUCUGCUAAAUUACUAAAUUCUCUUGAUAAGCAGAUUCAGCAAUUAACAAAUAGUGUUCGUUUGUUUGGAAAUUACCAGAAAGAUUUAAUUGAUUUUCACGUUCAAUCACAGAUGAUUUAUUGUGCAGUUUGUGCGAUGGAAUUUCCGUCCAAACAAAUAGCAAAACACACAGAAAGGUGUUUUGUUCGCUCAGAGCGACAAAUAUGUUUUGGCACAAAUUCUAAAUCUCAAGUCAAUCCUUAUAACAUUUUUUGCGAAGAAUACAAUAAAGCAAAUAAUACAUUCUGUAAAAGAUUGCGGGUGUUAUGUAGUGAACAUUAUAAACCUGAAUUGGAAGCAGACUUAAAGAUAUGUGGUUAUCCUUUUGCUUGGGUAAAAAGUGCUUGUCGUCCAGUUGAAAAGAUGUUUUGGUGUAUGGAUGAAAUUUUUCGAGAAGGUUUUUGUUUACUUCCCCGAAAAAGCUGUUCCCAACAUCAUAAUUGGAUUCAAAAUACGUUUGGUCUUAUUGAUGUUGAAUUGAUGAACUACCUUAUGGAACUCGAUACAUGUUAUGACAAAAAACGACAACUUCAAGUUAUAGAAAGCACACGAGGUGAUGUACUCACGUUGCUAUGUAAUACGACCAUAGUUCAUGAUGAUUCUGCAAAAGAUAUGACCAAUGCUACAACAAUAAAAGAGGAAGCUUUUUCUACUGAAAUUAAGGAGGCGUCAAAAGAAACCGAAACAUCGGAAAAUGGAGUAAUGACCGAAAUAAAUGCUUCGAAAGCAGAUGAUGGAAAAGAUAAUGUAUGCCUAAAUCUUCAAAUCCUUGCUUCUUCAUCAAUUUAUCUUUACUUUUUUAAGAAAUAA